AUGGGCAGAAAUCAAAAGGUGGAAAGUAGCAUUAGAGUAUAUAUAUUUGUGUAUCCUAUUUCGCAAUGCUUCUGGGGCCAUUCUCCAACGAAAAUGACUUAUUCUGAUGAUCCAAUAAAAGAAACGAUAUCUAUUUUUAGGUCCCUCUUGAAAGAUGAGAGCUUAGACUUACCUGAUGAAUGCAAAAAACUAGUAGAUCAAACAGAAUUUGUAAACAGCGGCCAGCGUCUCAAAAUUCCUUGCCCUCUUAAGGAAUGCGAGGUUUCAGCAGCCCUUAAAGGUGUUGAGUCGUUGGCAGCACUAAGUUUGGUAAAGUUGAGAUUUGGUAUCGAAGACAAAGCAAAAAUUGACUUGUUCCAUUCAAAUUUGUUUUUGAUUCUGACCUAUCUUGCCUCAAUUGACGGCCAAACAAAGCUUGAUGAAAAAGUGAAACUGAAAUUGAAACCAACAGACUUAUAUCAGGCUCAAUCGAUCACCUACAGAAGAAUGGCUGCCAAUUUGUAUAGAACAAAAGACAAUCGUUUUUACCAUAUUCAUGGAUCCUUGGAAGCAUCAAAGACUUUGAACAUGAUUGGAUUACCUGCUUAUAAUCCUAAGGUUGUGAACUAUCACCAAGUUGUUGAUUGUAUUCAGACUGCUGUUUCCAAGUAUACAUGCGGUGAGUUGGAGGCAUUGAAUGUGCAAAACCGACAAGCCGGAAUAGAAGCAUUAAAAUAUGAGCAAUUUUUAGAUACAGACCACGGGAAGGUAAUCUCUUCGAAGCCAUUAUGGGAGAUUGAUUGCAUCGAAAAUGAAACUUUGCCUGUUGCCUUCUCAGAAUCGAUUUCCACAAAAGGCAAAAAAGCUCUUGAAGGAGUGAAGGUUUUGGAGCUUUGUCGAAUAAUUGCAGGACCAACAAUUGGCCGUAUUCUAGCUGAAUAUGGCGCCACUGUAGUGAAAGUAACCUCACCAGACCUUCCAGAUGUUCCUUUUUUUCAGGUCGAAGGCAACAUGGGGAAACAUGCAACUGAUUUAAAUUUGAAAAAUGAAAAUGACAGAAAGAUCUUUGAAAGCUUAUUAGAGGAUGCAGAUGUCAUAAUCGAUGGAUACAGAACAAACGCUAUAGAAAAGCUAGGAUAUGGGCCAAGUGAGAUCCAAAAUCUUGCUAAAAAAAGAGGAAAAGGUUACAUAUAUGCUUCGGAAAAUUGUUUCGGGUUUGAAGGUGCAUGGUCCGAGAGGCCAGGUUGGCAACAAAUAGCCGAUUGUGCCACCGGAGUUGCAUGGGCUCAAGGAACAGCCCUUGGUCUUAAUGAACCUAUGGUUCCACCUUUCCCAAUGAGUGACUAUGGGACAGGCUGUAUAGUUGCAACGGCAGUAUUAAUUGCAAUACACAAGAGGGCUACAAAAGGAGGAAGUUAUUGGUGCAAAUCGUCUUUAGUUCAAUAUGAUUUGCUUUUGUUGAAACAGGGCAAAUAUCCUUCAACAUUGUGGCGUGAAAUUUUAGCAGAGCAAGAUGAUGAUGUUUUCAAAUUACGCUAUUAUGAUUCAGUUGAUAAGAUUUCGUCAACAGCUUUGAAGUCGCUCAAAAAGUCCUGUCCUAAGAUUUUUGAAGAACUGGAAGAGUAUUAUACAAAAGCGUAUUCUGAUGGCUUCAAUGGAGAACUUUGCGUUUUGAAGCCAGUUGUAGAAUACGAGAAAACUCAAGUGGGAUAUUCCUGUCCUAGUAGACCGAAUGGAUUUGAUCGCCCAGAAUGGUGGUGA